AUGAUGGUAAGAGUUGACUGUGCUUAUGUUGUGGAGUACCCAAAGAGGUGAAUGUACCUUUAGAAGUACCAUUGUAAUUUCUUUGAUUGGUCUUAAAUAGUAUCCGUUUUUUUAGAGUACGUCAUAUUGAUAUACACCACACAGGGGAAUAGUGCUUUUCAUGCACUCUAAUUGGUUGGUUCGGAGGUGAUUCGCAAGUACUAUUCACUCCCGAGCAGGCGAAAAGACAAAAUCAUGCAUCAACGUUUUAAUUUCUGACAAUCUGAAUUGACAGAAAUAAACUAUUUUCUUAUUUCUGUGUGGUAGUCGCUGUCACAACAUGCUCUACAGAGAGGAAAAGCAAAGACUAAGGGAUGAAGUAGAGCCCCUCAAGGAAAUAUCAGCAGAAUAUGCAGAUGCUGGUUAGUUGAACUAACAGAUAUAUAAUUAUAUAUAAUAUACCAUAAAAUCUUGCUUAUAAGCCUUUCAUGUAUACAAAUCCGUGACAGGUUUGAGUAUAGGUUUAACAAUAGGAGAACUUAUAUCCAGGGCUUACAAGCAUUUAAAAAAAAAAGUGUUCAGGAAGAGCAGUUGUGAAGAUCUGCAUUAGCACUAUAUCCAAGUAUAUCUUUAUCUACUGAUGUGUUGGGACAUUGAUGCAUCAAAAUAAAUCAAGAGUCCUAUUAAUUGACAGAUAUUAUUUUCUGUUAAGAUGACACCUGAUUCUAAGAAAAUCUCUAAUAUUAACUUUGUGUAAUAUGUUUUUUUUUAAUUUGACAAUGGCAAAAGAAUUAACUCCAAAUCCAGGAGAGGUGUAUAAUCAGGAUAAGGAUAUCCUUAGGUAUGGGAAAGUACCCAGACAGGAGGCACUUAACAGGAAGUUAAACAAUUUAUAAAGAUAUGCCUCUAACUUACAGCCAUUAACCCUUUUAACUCUAAGAGUGACUAAGAUCUAAUUUCUCCUUUCAAUAUCACCCCUGAAUCACACAUUAAGGUCACAAAAUGAAGAAAAUGAUUACCAACAAAAGAAGCUUUUGAUCAGUAAACAAAUUCUCCUUGUCAGCAUCUUAGGAAAUGUAUAAAGAACAGUAUGGAGAAUAUGCAUAAUGAAAUUAAGGUGUAAAGGGCAAAUAAUGGCAACUGACAAAACUAAAGGCAAAUAAGGAAACACCCUCCCCUUUGGCCUGCUCCAAUGUUGCUUUUUUAAUUGUAAUACUUAGUCAAUGUGCAUAUGUGGUGUUUUUUAUCAGAUUUUUAUUCUUCAUUUGUAUCCUGUAGUCGUAUUAAAUAUGUAAGAAUUAUUUUUUCAUUCACAAUGGGAAGAAAUAGGCAAUGGAGUGUGA